GUAAAAGCACAAAAAUGAUUGCACUUUGGAAAGCGUUAAAUUUUUUCUUCUGUUUAAAACUAACAAGAUUCGAUGCUGUCAUUUGUGUCACCUAUGUUGAGAGUGGGAAGAGUGUUACCUUAAAUCCAAAUGUAUCUGGAGCAACACUUGAAGACAUAUUAUGGACAUACAAUGGAAAUAAGGCGGCUGAAAAUGAUUUGGUAAAUCUUCAAGAGUACGGUCAAUUCAAAGGAAGAACAGAGAUUCACAUCUCUACUGGACAGCUCACAGUUCAUCAUAUGACCAACAGUGACAGUGGUGUUUAUCAGUCUGUAAUAGAUAUAAAUGGAAAGCUGCAAUAUUCUGAACAUGACGUUAAAGUAAUUGAUGCUUUGCCAGAGCCAACAGUGACCUGUGAAGUGACCAAAACUUCAGAUUUAAAAACUCUGCUGUGUUCAGUGGACUCCCAGACACAGCCAAGCUAUGAAUGGAGUGGAUCAAAUGCAACACAGCAGUCUGGACAAGAGCUUCAUAUCAGCAAAGAGGAGAAAUUGGACUCAGUUUAUACCUGCACUGUGAAAAAUCAAGUGAGCCAAAAUAACACCAGCUUCAUUCUGAAAGCCUGCAACACAGAUGGAUCACAAUUAUAUCUGAUCAUCAUCAUCAUCAUCAUCAUCAUUUCUGUGAUCGUAGCAGUUGCCAUUUAUUUUGUUAGAAAGAAGGUUAAGACAUUGGCACAAGAUGCAGAUGCAGAGGAAAACAGAGAGCAGGAAAUAAGUGAAGACAGAAAGGAGUUUGCAGACAAUGAUGACAAUAUGAAUGAGGAAAGUCAAAUAGAUGGGAACGCAACAUGUGCUGGUGAAAAUAGUCCACUAGUUAAAAAUGACGAGAAUCUGACUGAACAGAUUUCCCUACAUAAAUAUGCAAACAACAUUAAUGAGGGAUCUAUAACAAGCGAUAAUGAAGAGAUGAAUGAAAUGGAGAUGAGUGAUGACAGAGGAGAGUCUAUGGAUAAAGUUGAAGGAACAGACUAUAAAAACACAGAAUCAGAUGAAAACUCAGGAUGUGCUGAUGAAGAUGAAAAAAACUCCCAGGAUCAGUUUGAACAGAUAAAUGAAUCAGCAACAGUACAACUGAGUGUGAAGGAGAUGAAAAAUAAAUUUGAGGCCCAAUGACUCGAGAACCCAAAUGACUGCCAGAAAUUCUACAUCAGAGCAUUUUUGUAUUUGUGUGCUCUGCAAAGGAUUUCAACAUCACACAUUCAUGGUGAAGAGGAAAAGAGCAUGAAAUGAGAGAAGACCGCAUGGACAAAAGAGGAGCAGAUGAUAUGAGCAAAGGGUAGUAAAUUACUUAAAGGGAGAAUUCACCCAAAAAUGAAAAUUCUCAUCAUUUACUCACCCUCAUCCCAGAUGUGUGCCUUUCUUUCAUCUGCAGAACACAAAUGAAGAUUUUUAGAAAAGUAUCUCAGCUCUGUAGAUCCAUUCAAUGCAAGUGAAUCAGAACAUUGAAUCCCCAAAACUCCCAAAGUCAGCAUUAAAGUAAUCUAGUGGUUAAAUCCAUGUCUUCUGAAGUGAUAUAAUAGGGUGAGAAAAAUAUCAAUAUUUAAGUCCUUUUUUACUAUAAAUCUCCACUUUCACACUCUUGUUUUUUGUCCACACAUUUGUCAUGCAUAUCACCACUUACUGGUCGAGGCUGGUCAAAGAUGGAGGUUUAUAGAAAAAAAGGACUUAAAUAUUUGACCUGUUUCUCACACAGUGUUUUGUUGACAUUACAUCAUCAUGGCUAUAACUUUACACAGAAAAGGUUUGUAAGUGAUUUUAUCAAACUAAAAUCAUGUUUAUAUGCAGAUCCUUUAUGUCUUGUGGCUAAACUUUUGAAACAGUAAGAAUUUUAACAUUCAGAAAUUGGCCCCCAUUCACUUCCAUUGUAAGUGCCUCACUGUAAGAAAAUGAGGAGCAAGUCAGAAGUUUGUGGUAUUCAACAUUAUGCCACAAAUGCUGUCGAUUAAACUUAACUUGUAUUGUACCUUGAAUAUUCCUUUAAUAGACUACUUCUUUGGGCCGUUAUGUGCUUUUUGGAGAUUGAAACUUCUGGUCACCAUUCACUUGCAUUGUAUGGACCUACAGAGCUGAG